GCUUCUAAGAGCUUCAUACAAGUUCCCUUGGAACAAAUUCUACUUCUUGUUUCAUUAUUACUAUUAUUAUUAUUUCUGAGAGAAAAUGUCUUCUUUUCGCUAUCUAUUUGUAGUUGCACUAUUUUGUGGACUUGUGCUUGAAGGAUCAUAUUCUCAGGCUCAACUGAGUCCAAAUUUUUACGCUGCAACUUGCCCUUUUGUGUACAGCAUUAUACGUGGAGUGCUCUUAAGAGCCUUUCGUUCCGAUCCCAGAAUUGGCGCUAGCCUCCUUCGCCUUCAUUUUCACGACUGUUUUGUCCAGGGCUGUGAUGCAUCAAUAUUGCUCGAUGGCACUGAUACAAUCGACAGCGAGAAAGGAGGUCUUGGAAAUAACAACUCAGUGAGAGGCUUUGAAGUUAUUGAUGAAAUGAAGGCCGCUGUGGAAAUGGCCUGUCCUGGAAUUGUUUCCUGUGCGGAUAUUCUUGCCAUUGCAGCCGAAGAAUCUGUCCUUUUUUCAGGAGGACCCUCAUGGCCAGUUCUUUUAGGAAGAAGAGAUAGCACAACAGCUAACCGAACUCUUGCCAAUCAAAAUCUUCCAGGACCCAAUGAAUCCCUUGAUGGACUCAAAGCCAAGUUCCAAAAUGUUGGCCUCAACGGCAAUACUGAUCUAGUUGCAUUAUCUGGAGCUCAUACAUUCGGAAGGGUACAGUGUCAAUUAUUUAUUGACCGAUUAUACAAUUUCAAAAACACAAAUCUUCCAGAUCCAACCCUAGACGCAACCUUUUUACAGGAGCUUCGAGCUUUAUGCCCAAAAGGAGGAAAUGGCAGUGUUUUGGUUAAUUUCGAUGCCUCAACUCCAGAUGCUUUCAACAAUGAUUAUUUCACCCGUCUUCAACAAAACAAGGGCCUUCUUCAGAGCGACCAAGAGCUGUUCUCAACUCGCGGUGCUGAUACCGUUGACAUUGUCAAGCUCUACAGCUCCAACCAGGGAGCUUUCUUUCAGAGCUUCGUGGUUUCAAUGAUCCGGAUGGGAAACCUGAGCUCUCUGAUGGGAAGUCAAGGCGAAGUUAGAUUGAAUUGCAGAAGGGUUAAUGGAAAUGGAAUUUCAAGUGUGCUUAAUGGUGAUGACAUGAUUACCUCUAUGUAAGUGAAGGUAGAAAGGAUGGUGUGAAAAUGAUUUGGGAUGUUGUUUGUAAUGUUUUGAAAGUUAUUAUUUGUUCAAAGAGAGUUCGUGUUUCACA